CACGUGAUCACAACAACAAAAAAUACCGCGAAAACUGUCUUUGCUUGCUUACAUAGCUAAGAAAUUUACUAGCUAAGACUAUCACAGAAAUAUCGACAUAAUUUUGGUACAAACACAUUUAUAAUGUUCUGCGAAAAAGCAGUCGAACUUAUUAGAGAACUACAUCGGAUGGGAGAUGGCCAGCUGCCCGCGUUUAAUGAAGACAGUAUUCGGCAAGUUCUGGAAGAAAUGAAGGCUCUGUAUGAACAGAAUCAGAGUGAUGUGAAUGAAACAAAGACAGAGGGCAAGAGUGAGCUGAUACCAAGCAUCAAGUUCCGCCACUGCUGUCUACUGAGGAACCAGCGCUGUAUCUCCGCAUACCUUUAUGAUCGCCUCCUGCGAAUCCGUGCUCUCAGAUGGGAGUACGGCAGUGUACUGCCCACAGCCAUUAGGUUUCAUAUGUGUGCUGAAGAGAUGGAGUGGUUCAAUCAGUAUAAAAAAUCCUUGGCAACCUAUAUGAGAUCAAUUGGGGGAGAGGAAGGUUUGGAUAUAACACAGGAUAUGAAGCCCCCUAAGAGUUUAUACAUUGAGGUGCGGUGUCUUAAAGACCAUGGAGAGUUUGAAAUAGAUGAUGGCACUGUGAUUCUGUUGAAGAAAAAUAGCCAGCACUUCUUACCCAGAUGGAAAUGUGAGCAGCUUAUUCGGCAGGGUGUAUUAGAGCAUGUCAUCUCCUAAGAAUAAGCAGUUGAUUGUGGAUACUCGCAUCUUUUCUUCACUUUAACAAUUGAAAUGUUAUAAAAUUACAUUUGAUAUAAUCAGAAAGCAACACAUAUACACAGGUAAACCUUUACUUGCUCACAUUCCUUACAGUGGGAAAUCAUACAUGAUGCAUUUACAACACAGUGGUGUCACAAUUAUCUCCCAAAAGUUAGCCAGCUCUUUUAAACAAGGUGUACAUUAAAUCGUAACGCUUAGAAUAACUUAUAUCCAAGUGGACAUUAGUGCAUCAUGAUUGAAAAUUGUGCAAUUACAAUAUAGUAUUUGUAUCAAAACUGUACAUUGAGUGAAUACUGUGCUUUUGGUUAUAAAAUGGGCAUUAAAA